GAAUGUUAAUAAAAGGGGUCGUGACCUGAGACGAACCUCUCUUCCCUUGCGAUUUUUGUACCAACAACUUGGUAAAUAAUAAAUCGGUGUCAGAUUUAUACUAGUUUUAAUUUAUAGUGCAAAUGCUACAACUUCCCAUCCUGAGUAUCUUAUUAUCUCAGAAGUGGGUAUACUUACGUAAUGUCUGGCCCAUAUUUCAAUGGUUUGGGGCGAAAAAACAAGAGAAAAGCCUCGAGUAUUGAUGCCGACACCGAAAAAACAACGAUUUUUUUUUUCUUCUAAACCACGUGGCGGUGAUGAAGAUGAGCUGUACAUGCUUAAGCGACGACGAAUUACGCCCACCGAAGCUGAAGUUAUCCUCAAAUUUAAUCCAGAAGACAGAAAUAGCAACGUGAAAGGAUGGCUACACAAAAUAGAUCAGCUGGGAGAUGUAUACGGUUGGCAGAACAAAGAUCGCCAGUUUGUUAUGCAAAUAAGACUUCGUGGCUCAGCGCGUGACUGGUAUGACGACCUAGAAGAUUAUGACCUUACAUGGGACGAAUGGAAGCAUACUCUACAGAUGGCAUUUCCGCGCUCAACGGACUUUGUCGAUCGCUUGGAAGAGAUGAUGUUAAGAACCAAAAUCGAUACAGAAACUAUGACGAAAUACUUCCACGACAAGCUUUCAUUGCUUAAGAAAUGCAACAUUUAUAAUGAGGACGCUAUUUCAUGCAUCAUCAAAGGCCUGCCAUUCGAAUUGCGCGCCAACGCCAAAGCAUAUCAAUGUGAGACACCAGAACAACUUUACUAUGGGUAUCUAUCUUCGUUGGAGAACUUCAAGAGAAUCGAAGCUGCUGCCAAUGCAAGAAGAACAACAUGGAGGCGAGGAAAUGUAACUACAGCAUCACACACAUUACCGAAGCUCUGCUACGCAUGUCGACGCCCAGGUCACGAGGCGCGAGACUGCAGGGCACAACUUCACUGCGACGUGUGCCAGCGCAACGGUCACAGCGCAGCCACAUGCUGGUUUGCUGCCGGGAGCUCAAGACAACAAAUAAUAAAGGUCGGUAACGUUUUGUUUAUCACGUUCGAUAUUUUCCUUGAUCUUUAUAAAAAGAAAGUGUUUGUGAAUGGCUACGAACUAAUAGCUUACAUUGAUACUAAACUAAACAACUUAACAUACUUACCAUUGAACAUACUAAUAAAAUGAAACUUGUUAUGACACCGUCUUCAGUUCUUAUGCGCGGCUUUGGUGGUGCACAUUCACAAUCACUUG